AUGCCAGUUUAUCACAACGAGAGUGGUGGUGAUGGUAUGGUGGUGGUGGUGAUGAUGAUGAUGAUGAUGAUGAUGAUGAUGAUGAUGAUGAUGAUGAUGAUGAUGAUGAUGAUGAUGAUGAUGAUGAUGAUGAUGAUGAUGAUGAUGAUGAUGAUGAUGAUGAUGAUGAUGAUGAUGAUGAUGGCUCGAGCCCAUCCCUUUCUUUUUAUCCAUCAUUCGCCCUUACAAUACUUGGAUAAUAGCAAACAUGGCUCAAAAGGCAGGUGGCAGAGGAGAAAAUCAGCAUGA